AUGAAUGUAGUUUCUGUAGCGGAUACACAAACGGACCUAUUUGAAGAGCCAUUAUUCGACGAAGCAACAUCUUCUAAAACUGAUAAAUCGCAGACAGUCUUUACAGAAACCAGCAUGGAAGCAACUCCAUUUGUAGAUGUGUCAAGUCUAUCCUGUCAAGAUUGCAAGGUGAAAACAUCAAGAUUGAAAAAUUUGAACCGAAGAGUGAAUCGCCAAAAUCUGAAAAUAAUAAAACAGAAAAGGAAAUUAACAAGUCAAAAGAAUGCAAUCAAUUAUCUAAAACGCAAAGUUAAGAAAUUCAGAGAGUCAAAACAAGGACAGCCAACUAAGCUCGUAAAUAACAUGGACGUUGAAGAGACAGACAGUGAUUCUGAUUCCUGCAAAAGUUUCGCUGAAAAUGAUGAUGAGUGGAAUCCAGUAGGAGCUGAAGAUGAAUCUGAAGACAGCGACGAAGAAUUUGUAAAUGAGGAAGAAAUAGACAGUGAUGAAAAUGAUGAUGAUGAAAAAGUAACCAAUGAAACAAGAGGGAACAUUAGCAAUGAUGCAACCUACACUGUCGGGAGUGAACCAAAGUUCAUUGUAUUUUACUCGCUGCUAUUCAACCUGUUUAGUAUGUUCUGUUUCCGAUGUAGAGCUGAUCAUCCAUCUGUAUCAAUGAAAAAGAAUGGAACCAUGGUGACAGUAAGGCAGGAUUGUACGGCAUGUGGAGAAAAUGCAUUCACCUGGAAGUCCCAACCAACGAUGAAGGGCGGUUUUCCAGCAGGCAAUUUGUUGCUAAGUUUUGGAAGCCUUAUGGCAGGUGCCUCCAUAAGCAAGAUACUUCUGGUUUUUCGGCACAAGGGAUUAUCAGCAUAUACGGCUAGAACCUACUACUAUCAUCAACAGAAGUUCCCUUUUCCAUCUGUUCUAAGACAUUGGGAAGUCUAUCGUUCAAAACUGGUGAGUGAGCUUACCAAUAGAGAGGAUCUAGUUUGGUGUGGUGAUGGUCGAUUCGACUCGAUGGGCCAUAGUGCAAAAUAUGGUGCCUAUACCAUGCUUUGCUGUACAUUGAUGAAAAUUGUUCAUUUUGAAAUUGUUCAGGCAAAUGAAACAAAGGGUAGCAAUCAAAUGGAACUGGAAGGAGUAAAGAGAUCGUUUAGUUUUUUAUCAUCUUUUUGUAUAUAUGUACCAAUAUUUAUAUCGGAUAGACACUACGGAAUCACAAAAUGGAUACGUGAGAACCAGCCUCAAACAAAACAUUAUUUCGACUUAUGGCAUGUGGUGAAAUCAAUUAUGAAAAGGGUAAGAAGUAGCGGGAAAGAGAAGGGAUGUGAGAUACUUCUUCUGUGGAUGAAAGGGAUUCGAAAUCACCUUUACUGGUGUGCAACCUCAACUCAAGUUGGAUUCGGAGACCUUGUUUUGGCAAAAUGGAAAUCAUUUACUAACCAUGUUGCAAAUAAGCACAGGAAUCACGAAGACCCCCUAUUUAAAAAUUGUGUCCAUGAACCAAUUACUGAAAGAAGAAAAUGGAUCAAAAUAGGUACAGCGCCAUUUGACAAACUGAAGGCAAUUGUAUCUGAUCCAAAACUUUGCGGUGCAGUUAAGAUGCUAUCAUCCAAUGACCAAACCAGUUGUCUUGAGAGUUUUCAUUCAACUCUUAAUCAAUGGCACCCAAAAAUGUUGCAUUUCUCCUGGAUGGGAACGAAUGUAAGACAUGCAUUGGCAACACUGCAUUUCAAUGAAAACCUUAAAAGAAAACAGAUGACAUCAAACACAGGAGACGACUACUUCAAAGUUUCUUAUCCCAAAUAUAAACUAGGUGAAGAAAUUGUGAGAAAGAUACCUGUUAUGCCUACUUAUGGAUAUGUUCAGGAUAUCAUGGAUGUGCUGCUGUAUGAAACAAAGACCAACCUAGCAACCAUCAGCAACAGAUAUGAAAGAAAGAAUCCUGGCUCACUUUUGGAUCAAUUUCCAAAUCGCAAAAGAAAGCAGGAAGCCAUUCAGCAUUUCAAAGAGAGACAGUCAAAAGACAUGGUUACACUUUACCCCCAAGCGGAGGAGCAAGAAGCAAUGUUGGAGGAGCAGAAAACAGCAGCAAUGACCCCUGUUGUGGGUAGAAAAACACCAAAAUGUAAAAAUUGUGGGAAUCCAAGAAAAGGUCACCCUAAGAAUUCCUGCCCCUUAUUUGGAUUGAUUUUUUAUUUAAGCCUUCUGAUAGAUUUCUAAAUAUCUACUUUUUUGUUCCUAAGACAACAAGGAUACACGAUGCAAUUUAAAAAUUAAUCAAGUCAAAUGAUAUUUCAACACAUUUUGAAGAACACCCUAUACUUUGCUAAGAGUAUGAAAGAUUUAUCAAAAUACAUAGUUUUAACAAACCUUUAAUUUCUUUUUUCUGAAUCUUUAUAGCCUUUAGUAGUUCCACUAGCAAACUUUUCACGAAUGGCAUGAUAGAUGCAAGCAGGAAGGGGUCUGGAAUUUUCCCAGCCCAUGUAGCCAAACAACCAUCGUGCCAACCAACGAUAUGAUACUGCUCUCAAAUAUCUGAUGAAAAUGAAAGCACUUGUUAAAAUUGUCAAAACUAUUUCCUGUUAAAACUAUCAAUGGUAUACAUAACUUGCUUCACUAGAUUGUAUAUAUAUAAUAUAUUUCAUGUUUAUAAAAAGGUAUGCUUAAUUUCUUUCAGAUAAUUUUAUUUUGUUACUCACUCGUGUAGCCCUGCCUUCCUGCGAUACUUCCUUCCUUGUCUGUCCCUAAGCAGUGGGCCAACAUUCUGAAGCACAGUUGUAUUUGACAUGGCAAUGAAAUCAUCAUGUUGUGUAAUGCAUGAUAUUUGUUCAAUGCUUCCGUCAAAUACAAGUUUACCCUGUGCUUCAUUGACCUCAAAGCAGCAUCUGUACUCCAAAGCACCAACAAGAUGUUCAAUUUUACAUUUUCCACAUCUACACCUGCAAAAAAUAAGACAUAAUGCCAUAGUCAUCAUCAGUUAAGUUUACGAUGGUGCGACCCUCCGGGCCUAGGCACUAUCGCGAUGUGUGCUAAUUAUUUCCGUUGAUGCCUACAGUAUUUAUACAUCAUUGAAAUUAAAGAAAACGGGUUUUAAACAUAUAUUCGUCAUUUAUGGAAUUAAACUUACCAUGAACUAACUUCUGUAUUUUGUUCGUAUCGCUCUCGCAAAACUGCCGGGGUUAGGCCGUCAUGAUCGUGGCCUAGGUCAUCCUCGUCGGUACUUGAUUCUGUGUCUGCUGAACACCGUAAACAGCAACUGCUCCCUCUUCUUCUUCGGAAACUUCUAAACUAGUGUCACUUUCGUCCGACAUGGUGAAAAUAGAAAUUCAACAAGAUACGAUCGCCCACUCAGCUAGAAAAUUUGUCCUCAAAUUAUGAACAUGCGCGCCUCGUGUCCAUAACUUUACGUCACAGCUCUCUAGUGUCUAGUCCCCCUAUGCCUCUUUUUAUUGAAAAAUUAUUGUCAGUUUAGCGGUGUUUAAGUUUAUUUUCAAUAGUCUUAUUUCUUGAAAUAGCUAAUGCGAAUUAUUUUUCCUGUACAAUUGUGGAUGGAGAAAUCGAUUAAACGCAUAAAAAAAUUUGUUUCAUUUCCUCUUUAAGGAAAUUCUCCAGAAAAUCUGUAAGUUACAAGGCAGUAUGCUGUUGAAGGCAUAGAUUGAGGCAGCGUCGCCUAUUGGCCCAGAUAUUUAAUACUUACGAUCUUGAUGGCACAAAUCCUUUGAUGAAAACCAAAUUGAGUUGCCCUGCCAGAAAGCAACAAAGAUUUUGGACAAGGCCUGGUUGAACUGCAGCUUGGUGGCAAAAUAUCGUUGACAACAUUCUUGUGCCAGAGGAAUGGUGAGAGAACUUUUGAAUGUCUAAAAAAAGCUUUAUGCAAUUGUGCGAUGAAAUAAGACCUUACUUGACGAAACAGAGAACUAAUAUGCGCAAAUCCUUAUCAGUUGAAGAACAACUUGCUGUUGCCCUCUACCAACUAGCAGACAAAGGAAGGUAUAGGAUAUGCGCCAAUGCCUUCGGAAUUGCAAGAGCAACAGUUUCAGUUGUCUUGAGGAGGGUGUGCACAGUGAUAACAAACCAACUUGGUCCAAAAUACAUAAAGUUGCCAACAACUGCUGAUCAAGUUGAAUUCUUGACCAAAAAUUUUUACAGGGACCAUGGUUUUCCACAAUGCAUUGGAGCUGUUGACGGACCUCAUAUUUUCAUAAGAAAGCCUUCACAAAAUCCGACUGACUACAUAAAAAAAAUCGCUAUUCAAUAAAUGUUCAGGCAACAUGUGGCUUUCGCCAUUGCUUUAUAGAUGUUGUGGUUAAAUGGCCAUGAUCUGUGCAUGAUGCUAGGAUUUUGUCAAGAUGGCACCAUUCCAUCUUGUCCAAAAGUGAUUGUUGUUGGUGAAGAAAGUGUUCCUGUGUGUCUUUUAGGAGAUCCUGCCUACCCUCUCUUACCAUACCUUUUGAAGGAAUUUUCCAAUGGGGGUAAUGAUAUUGCUAUCAACAA